GCCCGCAUGAAUUGUUCAGAUUGUAUGUAGUAGGAUAUUGUCAAAUUCUUCGCUCAAGUAAUUGAUCUCCUCGCUGACUUCAUUGGGUCUCGUCUUCUCUUCUUGAGGCUCUCCAUGCGUUCGUGAGUUUUAGCCUCUAGGCCAAUAAGAUGGCAACGACUUCUCUCCUUCGGCGUUCGGCUCGACCUGACCUUUACGUUUGCGCAAGAUGCGCGUUUAAAGCGUCUCUAAAUUCGAAUAAAUCGUCGAGAAGAUGGAUUGGAACAAAAUACUUAGCUAAAGUGGCAGAUGCGGAACUAGAGUGGGCAAAAAAGGCCGCGGAUAUUAAGGCAGGGAAGACGAAGAGCAUGCUCUCAAUCCUGGAGGAGCGAGGAUAUGUACAUCAAAUAACAGGGUGAAUAAAUACAUGAGUUCGACUUAUGCUGCGGGAAGAUAUUAACUUUUGUCCCAGUUCGAGAGACGAGGUCGAUCGUAUGAUGACAGACAAGCGGCUUGGUGCAUAUGUGGGCGUAGAUCCAACUGCGCCUUCACUUCACGUCGGCCACUUAUUACCUCUCAUGUCCCUGUUUUGGAUGUAUGUACAUGGUUACCACACGGUAUCACUGCUCGGGGGCGCAACUGCAAAAAUUGGUGAUCCGACCGAUCGCUUGACGACGAGAGAGAAAAUGAAGAGUACAACCAGGAAUGAGAACAUAUUGAAGAUGCAUUAUCAAAUGAAAGGUAUGUGGCUAAACGUUGAGGCAUAUGGAAGAAAACACGGAUACAAAUGGGAAUGGGCAUGGAAAAGGGGUUUGGUCAACAAUAACGCCUGGAUGAAUGGCUUGACGGUGAUGGAGCUUCUGCAAGUCCUCGGGCCAGGUAUGAGAAUGGGUGCGAUGAUUGCAAAAGACACGUGAGUACACUCGAUCUAUACGUCUGCGAAGCCCUAACUAACACUCAUAGUGUCAAGAAUAAGAUGAAUAAAGGAGAUGGCAUGUCAUAUGCUGAGUUUACGUAUCCUUUGUUGCAGUCAUGGGACUGGUGGCAUAUGUACAAUACGAAAGGCAUAACGAUGCAGAUUGGUGGCUCUGAUCAAUACGGAAACAUCACCGCUGGUGUUGAUGCUGUCAAAUACAUUCUAGCAAACCAUCCUGACCCUGUCAUCAAGGAGCAACACGAGAAAGCAACGCCGCCUUUUGGAUUUACAGUUCCUCUCUUAACUACAUCAUCAGGAGCGAAAUUUGGAAAGAGCGCUGGAAAUGCUUUAUGGCUGGAUAAGGACAUGAUGAGUUCGUUCGAUUUGUAUGGGCAUUUUCUUCGUACAUCAGAUCAAGAUGUAGAAAAAUACCUUAAACUUUUCACAUUCUUGCCUGUCGAGGAAAUCACUAAAUUAAUGGAGGAACACAUGAAGGCACCUUCUCAACGACAAGCUCAACACAAAUUAGCGCGAGAUUUUCUCGAACUCGUUCACGGGGAACCUGCGGCCAAGGCCGCCGAGCUUCAGCACCGACUUCUUUUCAGCAAAUCGAAUAACCCGGAGAAUUUAGAGAAGUUGCAGAAUGAUUUAAGGUUGGCCGAGCACAAAGCGGUAUCUUACCAGACGGGUACCAACGCAUCCCACAGACCCAGUGCAGAUCUUAAGUUACCACGAUCUUUCGUCAUGUCCAGAAGUAUUCCAAGAAUUGUAGUCGCCGCCGGCCUUUGUGACACAAAUUCGGAAGCUAAUCGCCUUUGUGGUGCCGCUGGACUUUAUAUCGGUGGAGCUAGGCCUUUGGGAUAUAUAGGAAAGGACGAUGCCUUAGUCUUCACACCGAUUAAAAGAUGGCAAAAUGAGGAUACCCAUCACUACGUCAUCGAUGGUUCAAUGCUUGUUCUUCGACGUGGUAAAUCUAACAUUCGAAUCAUCAAAAUCGUCCCAGAUGAAGAGUACAUUGCAGAAGGUUUGUCAUUCCCUGGUAAUGAAGAUUGGAUCAAGCAGAAAAUGCCAAAGAAAUUGAACGAAGAGGGCGAAAUAAUUGAGGAGGAAAAAAACCCAAAUAUAGAUGUGAAUGGUGUCGACAGAUCAAACAGAGAGGAGAUCAAGCGGUUGAGAGCGGAAAGGAGAGCUCGAUCGCAUGAGACUUCGAAGCAGAGAUGGCAGGACAAGGAUUUAAGGCGCCAUGAGCGGAUGCAGCUGCUUCAAGCUGACCUGAGAGAGACAAAUCAACUCUCAUCGGAAAAGGUAGAGCUGGAUGAUUUGGUGAAGAGGGUGAAGUCAGAUGUAUCACCUCGGGACCAUGAUCUUUUAAUUAGAAAGAUAGAUUCGGAUGCAACUGAGAGCUAGUAAGAUCCACUACAAGGCGAUAAAAAAAAGUCGAUGAGUCAAAAAUUUAGCACAAUUAACUGUGCGAUUAUGUAUUUAUAAAUGUAUAUCCACCUGAUGAAUCUCACGUGUGCC